AUGCCCACCACCGGCCUCCUCUGCCCUGGGCUCUGGGCCAGGGCUGCCCCUUGGUGGUCCCUUCACCUGCUCCUCUUUGACCUGCUCAUCUCUGAGGCCCUGGCCAGCCCUAACAACAGAUUCCCCCCUUCCACCAAGAGGGAGAUCACCAUCGACGGGGACCUGGUGAUCGGCGGACUGUUCCCGGUGCACGAGAAGGGUGAGGGGGUGGAGGACUGUGGGAAGAUCAACGAGCAGAGAGGGAUCCAGAGACUGGAGGCGAUGCUUUUAGCGCUGGACGAGAUCAACGCAGACGAGAGGUUGCUGCCAGGCCUCAGGCUGGGAGCCCACAUCCUGGACACCUGCUCUAAGGACACCUACGCUCUGGAGCAGAGCCUGGAGUUUGUACGAGCCUCCCUCACUAAGGUGCACGAGCCGGGGUUCAUCUGUCCAGACGGAUCCAACCCCAUCCAGGAUGAUGUCCCUCUGGCCAUUUCUGGAGUCAUCGGAGGCUCCUACAGUGACGUUUCCAUCCAGGUGGCCAACCUCCUGCGCCUCUUCCAGAUCCCUCAGAUCAGCUACGCCUCCACCAGCGCCAAGCUCAGUGACAAGUCUCGCUAUGACUACUUCGCCCGCACCGUGCCGCCAGACUUCUACCAGGCCAAGGCCAUCGCCGAGAUCCUGCGUUACUUCAACUGGACCUACGUGUCCACCGUGGCAUCCGAGGGCGACUACGGUGAGACAGGCAUCGAUGCCUUCCAGCAGGAGGCCCGCGCCCGCCAGAUCUGCAUCGCCACCUCGGCCAAGGUGAGCCGCUCGAUGAACCGUUACAGCUUCGACCAGGUGAUCCGCUCGCUGCAGCAGAAGUCCAAUGCCAAGGUGGUCAUUCUGUUCACACGCAGUGAGGAUGCCAGGGAGUUGCUUGUGGCUGCCGCUCGCAUGAACGUCACCUUCAUCUGGGUGGCCAGCGACGGCUGGGGGGCGCAGGAGAGUGUUGUGAGGGGAAGUGAGACAGCAGCCGACGGGGCCUUCACCAUCGAGCUGGCCUCCUAUCCCAUCCGGGAGUUUGCCGACUACUUCACCAAGCUGAACCCCUACACUAACACAAGGAACCCCUGGUUUAGAGAAUUCUGGGAGCACCGCUUCGACUGUAGUCUUACAGAGCCUGGUUGUAGCGAACACAGUCUGCGGGACGGCAAGUUUGAGCAGGAGUCCAAGAUCAUGUUUGUAGUGAACGCAGUGUAUGCUAUGGCUCAUGCUCUACAUAAUAUGAGGCAGGCAGUUUGCCCACUCAAUGCAACCAAGAUCUGUGAUGCCAUGAAGCCAGGCACCGGGAAGAGAUUCUAUAGGGAUUUCAUCCUCAAGGCCAAGUUCGAUGCUCCCUUCAGACCUGCCGACACGGAGAACAUUGUGCGUUUUGACGCCUACGGGGACAGUCUGGGCCGCUACAACAUCUUCCACUAUCACAAACAGGAUGAUAAAUACGUGUAUAGGAAGGUGGGUUACUGGGCCCAGGGCCUGAUCCUGAAUACCAGCCAGGUGCCAUGGAGGGGCCCAGCCGGAGUGCCCCCCACCUCCCAGUGCAGUGAUCCUUGCAGGAAGAACGAGGUGAAGAGCAUGCAGCCUGGAGAUGUGUGCUGCUGGAUCUGCAUCCCCUGCCAGCCCUACCAGUACCUGCUGGAUGAGUUCACCUGUGCAGACUGCAGCUUCGGACAGUGGCCCCAGGCCAACCUGACAGGCUGCUUCGACCUCCCAGAGGAGUACAUCCACUGGGAGGAUGCCUGGGCUAUUGGGCCCGUCACCAUCUCCUGCCUGGGCAUGUUGUGUACCCUUUCCGUGGUGGGCCUGUUCUUCAAGAACAAUGACACCCCUGUGGUCAAAGCCAGCGGCCGGGAGCUGUCCUAUAUCCUCCUACUCGGAGUCCUAAUGUGCUACAGCAUGACCUUCAUCUACAUCGCCAAGCCCUCGAUGGCCGUGUGUACCCUACGUCGACUAGGCCUGGGAACCUCCUUCGCUGUGUGCUACUCGGCACUGCUCACUAAGACCAACCGCAUCGCGAGGAUCUUCAGCGGGGUGAAGGACGGGGCCACACGGCCACGGUUCAUCAGCCCAGCCUCCCAGGUGGCCAUCUGCGGCGGACUUAUCUCCUGUCAGCUCCUGGUGGCUGUGGUCUGGCUCCUGGUGGAGAUGCCUGGCGUCAGGAAGGAGGUGAGCCCCGAAAGGAGGGAUAUAGUCACCCUGAAGUGCAACAGCAAGGACUCCAGCAUGCUGGCCGCUCUGGCCUACAACUGCGUCCUAAUCGUCCUCUGCACAGUCUACGCCUUUAAGACCAGGAAGUGUCCAGAGAACUUUAACGAGGCCAAGUUCAUUGGGUUCACCAUGUACACCACCUGUAUCAUCUGGCUGGCCUUCCAACCCAUCUUCUACGUCACAGCCAGCGACUACAGGGUUCAGACCACCACCAUGUGUAUCUCUGUCAGUCUGAGUGGCUCUGUGGUGCUAGGCUGUCUCUUCGCUCCUAAGGUCCACAUCAUCCUAUUCCAGCCCCAGAAGAAUGUGACCACACUAAGGGUGCCUGCCAACCGCUUCGGGGCCACGGUCACCACAACAUCAGCCUCCGUCCCCAGCUCGUCGAAAGCGGUAACAACGGUGUGUAACGGUCGCGAGGUGGUGGACUCCACUACAUCCUCUUUGUGAAGAAGGUUGAGCUGCUUGUGUCAUUCCUCCGUUCUCCAAACACAAGCUACAGUGCCAUCUGAAAUCACCCCCUCUCAUCCAACAAAGCUGCUGAUGACAUAACGCUCAUGCCAUAUCUCAAGUCCCAUUUACAGUAGAGACAAGUAGAGGCUCUCUCUAGUCAGACAGAGGACUGUGAAAGCUAAAUUAUGACUAUACAUACCAGUAUUACG